AUGCAGAUCUUCGUCAAAACCCUAACCGGGAAGACUAUAACCCUCGAGGUAGAGUCCUCCGAUACCAUUGACAAUGUCAAAGCCAAAAUUCAAGACAAAGAAGGAAUUCCGCCGGAUCAGCAGCGUUUGAUUUUUGCUGGAAAGCAGCUCGAGGAUGGCCGUACGCUUGCUGAUUACAAUAUCCAGAAAGAGUCUACACUUCAUUUGGUACUGAGGCUGCGCGGAGGAAAAAAAAAAAAAAAAAAAAAAACAAGAAACAAAGGGGAUCUAGUCGAGUACAAAAACAUGUCAAAGAAAGUCGAAAAAGCUUUGUGGCAGUACUUCUCUGGAGAAGAGAGCCUGAAAAGCCAGACGCCCCUGCAGAAACCUCCUUCCAUGACUCGCUCGUGCUGCUGGAGCUCCUACUUCGUCGACCACUGGGAUCACAACUUG